AGUUGGGUUUUCCCAAUAAUAAACGAGGGAAGAAAACGAGUUUUAAAGGAAGAAGAUUUAUACAAAUGUUCAAAAUAUCAUACUUCAGAGUAUCUUGGUGAUCUGCUUCAAAGAGAAUGGAACCAGGAAUUGCAGAAGAAGAAUUCGAGCAUACUGAAAGCUUUAUUACGUUUUGUCGGUUGGAGAUACUUAAGAAUUAUUCUACUUGUACUCAUUCAGAUGACAGCGUUAGUUGCAGGCCAAGCAUACUUAGUAGGAUUAAUAAUAAAUUGUUUUGAAAACAGAGAGGAACGGAAUCAACACACCAUCUACGCUACAUUUGCGGGAUUUUUUAUUCUACUUGCGAUAUAUUUCUGUAUACUUGAUAUUAGUGCGUUUAUAACUGAAUUAUAUGGAAUGAAGUUAAAGAUAGCUUUCUGCACUCUUAUAUAUAGAAAGGCAAUUAGGUUAAGUCCUUCGUCUCUGGAAAGAUCGAAUGUAGGGCAAAUGGUAAAUCUUUUAGCAAACGACGUCGGCAAAUUCCAAAAUAAAGUUAUCAGCCUUCCUGUUUUAUUUACAUCGCCUUUCUUCAUUAUUACUGCGAUAGCCAUGUUGUGGAAGUAUUAUGGAUGUACUAUUCUAAUUGGAUUCUUAGUCAUAUUUCUCUAUUUUCCGAUACAAAUUGCUUUGAGUAAACUAUAUUCAAAAUUGAGAUUACAAGCAGCUGUAUUGGGAGACGAAAGAUUGAAUCUGUUGAACGAAAUGAUUGCUGAUAUGAGGUUAAUCAAGAUGUACACCUGGGAAUUGCCAUAUGUCGCAUUAUUAGAAAAAAUCAGAAUGAAAGAAAUGAAUAAAAUUCGAAUGUUUUUAUAUGCAAGCGGAAUAUCGUAUAUCGUGUCAUAUCCUACAUCGAAAUUAUUUACUCUCCUCGCAUAUCUCGCAUUCUUUUUAUAUGGAGGACAGUUAAAUGCCGAAAUUAUAUUCGUCACAAUGACAUUUUCAAUGUAUAUGUAUAGCAACAUUGUUGGUCUGUUUUCUCAAGCAGUGGGUUUUGUUGCAGAAAUUUUGGUUUCGUUAAAAAGGAUACAGAAUCUGAAUAAAUUGAAAACCUGCCCAGAGGAAAAAAGUUGCUGAAUAAACAAUAUUCUGUGUUAAAUUUUACAACGAACCUGAAAUCUUUUAAACGAAAAACUGUAAAAUGAUUCCACUUGUAUAUGAAAUCGUUUUUAUCUACCAACUUUACCAUGUAUCAUGCAAAUCUGUAUUCUGUGAACGAGUUUGAAUCAUUUAAGAUUAA